AUGGCCAAGAAGGACAACACAGAUAUAUCGGCUGAGAAGCCAGCGGACACACCGAAAGAACAGCAAAAAGAAGAUACGAAGAUGGAGCCGAUCGAUCGAAUGGCGCGGUUCCGGGCGCUGCAGGCGCGGGCGAAGACAUCGACGGAGCAGAAUCUGAAGGCAGCAGCGGCGGAGACACAGAAGCUGACGGGCGACGCGUCGGAGCUGUCGUCGCUGCGGCGGAAGCGAACGGUGGCGACGCACAACAUAAUGAAGGCGGAGGUGGAGGAUGCGGGCGGUGACUUUGAGCGCAAGCGGGCGUGGGAUUGGACGGCCGAAGAGAGCGAGCGAUGGGACAAGCGGGUGCGAAAGAAGGAGAUACACCGCGACAACAACGCGUUUCAGGACUACCGGCAGGAGGCACACCGAGUGUACAAGCGGCAGCUGAAGCACAACCUGUCGGCGCCAGACCUGGAGCAGUACACGCGCGACAAGCUGUCGGCAGUUGAACGGGCGGCAGCGGCCGGCACGCUGGAGAUUGUCGAGACGGCCGACGGCGAGCUGAUCGCGGUGGACAAGGACGGCACAUUUUUCUCGGCUGCCGAGUCGACGUCGUUUGCAGAAAACCGGCCGAGCCGUGAGGCUGUCGACCGACUGGUCAACGACCAGCGCAAGGCAGACGAGGCCGCCCAGCGAAAGAAGCGCGAGCGGUUGGCCAAGAACGGCGACGAUGCGGAUGUCACGUACAUCAACGAGAAGAACAAGCACUUCAACCAGAAGCUGGCCCGGUUCUACAACAAGUACACGGCCGAGAUCCGCGAGAGCUUCGAGCGGGGGACCAUGAUAUGA